GCAGCCGUCCAAGCUGCGCACUGGGGUCCCUCGGCUCGCCCCGCUCUGGGGUGUCGGAGAGGCCGGGGAGCGUUCACCAUGAAGUCCGUGCUGUUCACCCGCUUCUUCAUUCUCCUGCCCUGGAUCCUAAUUGUCAUCAUCAUGCUGGACGUGGACACGCGCAGGCCUGCGACCCCGAUCACCCCGCGCCCCUACUUCUCUCCCUACGCGGUGGGCCGCGGGGGCGCCCGACUGCCGCUCCGUAGGGGCGGGCCGGCGCACGGGACCGAAAAGCGCAACCAAUCUCGGCCACAGCCGCAGCCCGAGCCGCAGCUGCCCACCAUCUAUGCCAUCACGCCCACCUACAGCCGCCCGGUGCAGAAAGCGGAGCUGACCCGCCUGGCCAACACGUUCCGCCAGGUGGCGCAGCUGCACUGGAUCCUGGUGGAGGACGCGGCGGCGCGCAGCGAGCUGGUGAGCCGCUUCCUGGCGCGGGCCGGGCUGCCCAGCACGCACCUGCACGUGCCCACGCCGCGGCGCUACAAGCGGCCCGGGCUGCCGCGCGCCACCGAGCAGCGUAACGCGGGCCUUGCCUGGCUGCGCCAAAGGCACCAGCACCAGCGCGCGCAGCCGGGCGUGCUCUUCUUCGCCGACGACGACAACACCUACAGUCUGGAGCUCUUCCAGGAGAUGCGAACCACUCGCAAGGUCUCUGUCUGGCCUGUGGGCCUGGUUGGUGGGCGGCGCUACGAACGCCCGCUGGUGGAAAACGGCAAAGUCGUCGGCUGGUACACCGGCUGGAGAGCGGACAGGCCUUUUGCCAUCGACAUGGCAGGAUUUGCUGUAAGUCUUCAGGUCAUCUUGUCCAAUCCAAAAGCUGUAUUUAAGCGUCGUGGAUCCCAGCCAGGGAUGCAAGAAUCUGAUUUUCUCAAGCAGAUAACAACAGUGGAAGAACUGGAACCGAAAGCAAAUAACUGCACUAAGGUAUUCAUUUCACUUGUGCUCCCUGACCUCAAGCGUCAGCAUCAAGAAUGUGGUACCCAAGCUGUUUCCUUCCCCUUCAGGUUCUUGUGUGGCACACUCGGACAGAGAAGGUUAAUCUAGCCAACGAGCCAAAGUACCACCUGGACACAGUGAAAAUUGAGGUAUAAAUUGAAGCAGCAACUGGUACAGUUUUGCCCAGCCAGUGGAUCCAUAUGGAAGAGGAUGUUUGGGGUUGAGCCUGCAGAGCAUUCAGGUAUUGUCUGUUUUACUUCAGUACAAAAGCCUUUCUUGUCAUCUGGAUGGACAUUUGUUUACAUGGAGCUUAUCUGUUAACAUAAGCUAAUUGGACAGUACAAAAUGUAUGUUUUGUUGCCAUUUGUUCUGCAUGUUUUCUCUACAACUAAAUUGGAAGAUUUUUGUACAGUACCGAUACUGCAAGAUACCACUCUGAGUAUCUUAUAUAUUUUUUUUCCUCUAAUUUUCCCUUAUAAUUAGUAGACCUGAACAGGUUUUAAAAACAGACAAGUAUUUUAUCAGGUAAACAUUCCUGAUUCCUGACUGUGCAACAUUAAUCUUUGGAAGGUUAGUGGCAGUAUACAUCAUAGGAAAUAAACAACCCACAAAUGAAAAGGUCUAUGGAUUCAUCUGUUUAAUAUAGGGAAAUAACAUUUUAUCAAUACUAGGCACCAUAAAAUGUAAACACAAUUACUGUCAUAAACCUGGAUAUACCUUCAAGGAUUCAAAGUGGCUUUUAGUUACCCUGUUUGCAUAUAGUGCAGAAAAGGUCUUCAUGUUAGCACUAUGUACAUUAAGAAGAGAUCCAAAUUACACAAAAGGCAGAUAA